AUGGCUGAACCAUCGCCUGUUCAGGCCACGGAAGAGGCCGUUCCCUCAGCCAGCGGCGUCUAUGUACCCAUUUCGAACAACUUCGAGAUCCGCUUGCUCGAACUGUUGCCCGCCACUGGUGACGAUCCCAGCGCCGACACACACGAUGACGACAUUGUCCGUGUCGAGCUGCACUCCGCCUCGCUCGAGAGCCUCCCGCCCUUUGAGGCCAUCUCCUACUGUUGGGGCGAUCCCAGCGACGUGCGCUCCAUCCACUGCAACGACGUGCCCCUCGACAUCACCGUCAGCCUGUACGGCGCCCUCCGCCGCUUUCGCCCCGCUGCCGGCCAGCCGAAGCGCACCCUCUGGGCCGACGCCAUCUGCAUCCAGCAGACAAAUCUUGUCGAAAAGGCCAGCCAGGUCUUGCAUAUGCCGCACGUCUACUCGCGCGCCGAUCGUGUGCUCGUGUGGCUCGGCGAGGACAAUGACGAUCCGCGCGUGGCCGACGUCCCGGCAUGUCUGCGGCAAGCCAUGGCGUUCCUGCCCGACAUGCCGCUCGACAGCGAGGCCCUCUACGCGACGCAGCAGCGCAUCUAUGGCACCGCUCUGGAGAUGCAGCGCCAAGGCAAGCCCAACUUUCUGGACCACGACUGGACGCCCCUUGUGGCGCUGCUCACGCGGCCCUGGUUCCGCCGCAAAUGGGUUGUCCAGGAGGUCUGCUUGGCCCAAGACAUCCUUGUGGCGUGCGGCCGCAUCACGUUCCCCUGGGCACAUCUGGCCGAGGUCGCCUACAACACUGCGGCCGGGGGCAUCCUGCUGCAGAUUCUGGGCAGCACCAGCCUGACUCAGCACGCCUCGGUGUUCCGCGGGCCCGGGCUGGUCUCCGAGCAGGACCAGGCCACAGACAAUGACAAUGACAAGGGCGACAUCUUUGACGACAUGAACCUGGCCGGACUCGUCCUCCAAAACAUCCAGAUCAUGCGCAUGAUCCGCACGUUCCGCCACGUCGGCCAGCUGCUGGACUGCAUCAUGGCCACGCCGCUCUUUGAGUGCUCCGACCCGCGCGACCACAUCUAUGCCGUCCUCAGCGUGCCCCAGAACCCAACGUCCCACUACCAGCUGCGGCCCGACUACACCUUGACCACCGAACAGGUCUUUACGGCCUUUGCCGUGGCCACCCUUGUCGGCGACCAGAAUCUAAAGCUGCUCGGCUUGUGUCCGCAGCUGUCGCGCCCGCCUCGUACCGUCGCUGUUGCCGAGAGCGAACUGCCGCCGCCACCAACAGUACGCCUUCUACCGGAUCUACCCGUCGACAAACGGGGCCGAAAUGUUGCCCAGGCCGCCGGCAGCCUUGUCAACACGACCGCGACAACAUCCGACAGCAUUUUCACCCGGUCUGAACCCCUCGACCUGCCCUCGUGGGUGCCCAACCUCACCGGCAUGGGCAUUAUCAACCCCUUCACUUGCUACUCCGUCUUGCCCCAGCUGUUCCAUGCUGGCGGGCCCACGACGCCGCCAAUCUCCGUGUCCGACGACCACACCCUGCUGUACCUCCAGGCCCGCGUCGUCGACACCAUCGCUACCAUCCUCCCCAGCGCCGUCAUCGGCCGCUGCGUACCCUCAGAGGCCGACAUUGCGCCCUUCUUGGCCCGCUUCGACAAUCACAAGGAGCUCGCCGCCACGCAGCUGUGGCGACGCAACUUGCUGCUCGUCAGCAAGAACUUUGUCCUCGGCGUUGACGACCUCGAAAACAGCCCGGCGACGCUGCCCAUGACGCCUGAACAGUGGUCGGCGUUUGCACGCGUCAUGACCAGCGAGAUGAACAACCGGAGGGACCCGCUGCCGCCGGCCGUGUACGACGCGUUUGACGAGUAUGUCGAGCACGCACUGGGCAUGUUUGAGACACCGACACCCACCGACACGGGCGCCAGCGCCCAGGGCGAUGGUGACGGAGACAGUGAUGGCGCUGCGAAGGCUGCGGCGGCCGCCAAAAUUGACGAAAUGAUGUCCAAGUACAGCGCCAUGAUCGAGACGUCCAUGGUGGGCAUGUCGACCAUGCGUAUGCUGGCGCGCACAACGUCUGGGCGCCUGUGCCAAGUGUCUGCGGGCACCAGAGAAGGCGACUCGGUUGUUGUAGUCAUCGGUGCCGAGGCGCCGUUUGUCAUGCGAAAGGUCGAUCAGCCGGAGCCGUCCGGCGACGAGACGGCCAGGGACUCGAAUUGGAAGGCGGGCGAGACGCGCUUCAAGCUGUUGGGCGACAGCUAUGUGAUGGGCAUUAUGCAAGGCGAGGUCCUCAAUGACCUGCAGUAUGAGACGAAACAGAUAACGGUCCAGUGA